CAAAUAGUAAAUAAUAUUAAAGUAAAAAUUUUACGAACACUAAUCCAUAAUAUUUAACUAACGACCUGUCAAUUAUAAAUUUGAUCCAUUGAUGAUAUCCCGAAAUGCCUAAUCAUCCGAAUCACGUGACACAAAGUCAAUUGACUUUAACGAGUGCCCACACGGAUCACAUCGAAAAGUUCAGGAACCCACCCUGGUGGAAUAGGAGGACAAGGAUGGAGCGAUCCCUUUGUGCCAUUGCUGUCAUAGCCCUAGUCAUGUGUAUUGCCAUGACUUUUGCAUUGGCUUUCAUCGGAUAUCACUAUCAAAGCCAAUUAGGAUCGCGCGGGUCAUCGAGUUUGAGGCCGACGGCCGAACAACUAGUCAAAGAUAGUGAAGCCAUUCAAUUGAGCGCUAAUUCAAUACAAAAUAUUAACGAUAACGAUGUCUGUCUGACACCCGGUUGUGUCAAAGCAGCCGCAGAAUUAAUCAAAAACAUCAAUGAAAAGGUCUCGCCGUGCGAUGACUUUUACAAAUUUGCAUGCGGUGGUUGGGUCGACAAUCAGGUCAUUCCCGAUGACAAGACAUCGGUCUCUGUAUUUUCAUUACUUCAGGACGAACUCAAUAAUAAACUUAGAGUUUUGGUUGAAUUGCCGGCCGAAGAUAAUGAGCCCAACUUUUUUACAAAAAUCCGAAAUAUGUAUAAGUCAUGUAUGAAUUUAGCCGACAUUGAAAAAGUGGGAAAUACUCCAUUACUGUCAAUACUAAACAGUUUGGGCGGUUGGCCCGUAUUGGUCGGUAAGGACUGGAAAGAAGACCAGUUUGAUUGGUUACAGAUGUUGAUUGAGUUUAGAAAACUGGGUUUUAGUCACGACGUACUCAUGGAUCUAUCGGUGACACCUGAUUUCAGAAACAACACUCAACACAUAAUUGAUUUAGAUCAGGCGUCGUUAGGAAUGCCCGACAGAAGCUAUUUGUUGCGCGGAUUGAAUGACACGGCAGUCGCCGGAUAUUAUAAGCUGAUGGUUGAGAGCGCCGUUAUUUUGGGUGCAAAUAGGAGUUCAGCUGAAGAAGAAAUGUUGGAGACAUUAAAUUUUGAAACAGUUUUGGCAAAUUAUUCAUUGCCGCGGGAGGAGAGGCGUAACAUAAGUUUGUUGUACAACAAAAUGAAUUUGACAAAAGUGGCACAAUUAGCACCAAAGACUGAAUGGAGUAAAUACUUCAAUAAUUUAUUGAGUGAUUCGGUUACUGAUAAGGAAGAGAUUAUAGUAAAUGUUCCCAAUUUUAUACGUAAUGUCGACACACUUAUCGCACAAACAAAUAAACGAGUAUUAGCCAAUUAUAUGCUAUGGAGAGUAGUUCUCCAGUCUUUUGCAACUUUGGGCAAAAAAUGGAGAGAAUUGGCUCAGGAAUACAAUACAGUAAUCACUGGUCAGGCCCGGGAAGAGCCCCGUUGGGAACAAUGCAUGUCCUCAUUGACCGGUAGUUUAGGUAUAGCAUUGUCAUCACUGUAUGUCAGACAAAAUUUCAAAGGCGACAGCAAACAUGUGGCAUUAGAUAUGGUUAACUACAUUCAUAAGGAGUUUCUCAAGAUUUUAGACAAAGUCGAGUGGAUGGACCAACAAACACGACAAAGAGCCAAAGAUAAAGCAAUGGCUAUUACAUCAUAUAUUGGAUAUCCGGAUGAACUGAUGGACAAUGAAAAGAUUGCAGACUUAUAUAAAAAUUUGGAAUUACAACCAAAUAAUUAUUUUAAAAAUGUACAAAACCUUCGUCGCUGGUCUACUGACUAUGCAUUCAAUCAAUUAAGAAAACCUAAUUUAAAGGGAGAUUGGAGGAAACACGCCAGAGCCGCAGUUGUAAAUGCAUAUUAUAAUGCACUGGAAAAUAGCAUAGAGUUUCCGGCAGGAAUAUUACAAGGGUCAUUUUUCAGCAGAGAUAAACCUAAUUAUUUAAAUUUUGGUGGAAUUGGAUUUGUGAUUGGACAUGAGAUAACUCAUGGUUUUGAUGAUAGAGGCCGUCAGUUUGAUAAAGACGGCAAUAACAAGAACUGGUGGGACUCGCAAACCGAUAGUAAUUUCAAAGAUAGGACCCAAUGUAUUAUCGAUCAGUACAGCAACUAUACUGUCCCUGAAAAUAAUCUACAGAUUAAUGGAGUCAAUACUCAGGGAGAAAAUAUUGCGGACAACGGAGGUAUUAAAGAGGCGUUUAGAGCUUAUCAGGAAUAUGUCAAAGAUCACGGUCCCGAAAAAUCACUGCCCGGACUCAAGUAUACACCGCACCAAUUGUUUUGGAUCAGUGCGGCCAACGUGUGGUGCGGCAAAUACAGACCCGAAGUAUUGAAACUACGUGUUCAGGUGGGCUCACACAGUCCGGCACAGUUCCGAGUGGUCGGUCCCGUCUCUAAUGUCCCAGAGUUUGCACAAACAUUCAACUGUCCUCUCGGGUCACCCAUGAAUCCCAAAGCCAAGUGUAGCGUUUGGUAAUCAAUACAUAAUUGAUUAACCGAUUA